AUGUCCGACGAUGAAUUUGACGAUUCCUUCCUCCUCGACGACUCGUUCCUCCAACAAGUCGAUUCCAUCACAGCCCACGCAAUCUCACAAUCCACUUCCGCCAAACCCACUAUCCCCACUCGACCACUCCCGGUCAGAAAUGGUCCAUCUUACAAACCACCCUUGAGAUCUAUCUCGGCCCCUUCAGCUUCGUCCUCCGCCGGUCCCUCCCGUCAACGACUACCCGCUCAGCCGUCAAGCGAUGACUAUGGUGAUCUUCCUAUACCUACCGAAUCGCUCAUGGCCAUAGACUCUCUAACGUCAAGAUCGCAACAACGGACUACGAUGCCUACUGUCAUCCCAUCUUCACGUUUGGGUAUGAACAGGACGUCCAGUGGUAACGGCUCUUCUUUCUUCCAGACUCACCUGAACUUCCGACGGGAAAACCAGGCGACCAAAGGCAAGCGCUGGGAUCGCACCGAGUUCGCAGCGAGUGGACGCAGAAUAGGUGCUGCAUCCAGAAUGAAAGGAAAGGGAAAAGCUGUAGCAAGAGGGUUGUUUGAGGAUGAAGCAGGAGAGAGUGAAGAAGAAGAAGAUUGGGAACCUUUAGUACCUGGUCCGAAACCAUUGGUCGACCCCACAUACGAGCCUCAACGUCAUCUUCCUAAUCCUGCUUCUAUAGGGACAUACAUUUAUCCCACCAAUCGACCAAAGAGAGACUAUCAAUUCGACAUUGUACAAGCUUGUUUCAUGGACAAUUGUCUUGUUGCCCUCCCCACAGGACUGGGAAAGACAUUUGUUGCUGGUGUGGUCAUGCUGAAUUUUUACAGAUGGUUUCCCACUGGCAAGAUCGUCUUUUUAGCCCCGACAAAACCUUUGGUCAAUCAACAAAUUGAAGCAUGUCAAAUGACAUGCGGUAUACCUAGUAAAGACGCUGCUGUCAUGACGGGUCAAAGUGUCAGUGCGAAGGAACGGACGAGAAUGUGGGAAGAGAGGAGGGUGUUUUAUUGCACACCUCAAACUUUGGACAAUGAUCUCAAAAGGGGAGCUGUUGAUCCAAGGGAUAUUGUGCUUGCUGUAUUUGACGAAGCACACAAAGCUUCAGGCUCCUACGCAUAUACCACCAUACUUGCUUAUCUCACUGCUCACCAUCCCUACUUCCGAGUGCUUGCCCUCACAGCCACGCCUGGUGCCGAUGUAGAGCGUGUGCAGGCGGUGGUCGAUGCGUUGCAUAUAAGUAGGAUCGAAAUCAGAGAAGCGGAGGCUCCGGAAAUCAGAAAAUACAUGAAUGAGAAGAAAACGGAAAAGCAUCUCGUCAAGAUGACUCCCAUCAUCGAGGACUUUCGGGAUCGUUGGGCAGCUCUUAUGAAGCCCUACGUCACGAAACUUAUCGAGAAGGGAGUUCUUACCGAUCGUGAUCUUGACAUCAAGCGACUUCGUCCGUUCCGACUCACCGCCAAGCGUAUGGAAAUAGCUCGAAAUAGGGAUUCUGGCUUGAAGUGGUGUUACGGGAGCCUCAAUCAACUCGAGAGGAUGGCGCGUGCUAUGGGGCAUCUCUUGGAAUUCUCACUGGGAAUGUUUCAUACUGUUUUAGUGGAACUCUCUGGCGGUUCUAACGCGGAAGGAAAGAAAGUCGGGACCAAAGGUGGCGCCGGGGCAUUGAGAAACAACAUCGAGUUUCAGAGAUUACUCCGGGACGUGGAGAUCGAGAUCAAUUGUAUCAGGAUAGGCAAGGGAGGGCGGACAAAGGCUGAUCGGCAUCCAAAAAUGGCCAAGACGCUCGAACUGUUGUUGGAGCACUUCACUGCGGCUGCCGAAGAUGCGAAGAAUCAUGGGACGGCGAACGACACACGGGCCAUGGUGUUUUGUUCUUUUCGGGAGUGUGUGCUAGAAGUCGUAGACGCGCUGAACCAGCACCCGGAGCUACUCAAGGCGACAAAGUUUGUCGGGCAAUCCCAAGGAAAACAAGACCACGACAAGGGAUUCAACCAGAAAGAGCAGAAACGGACAAUAGCAGAUUUCAAAGAAGGAAAAUACAAUAUUCUCGUCUCAACCUCCAUCGGUGAGGAAGGUCUAGAUAUUGGUGAAGUGGACUUUGUCGUCAUUUAUGAUAUGCCGAAGCAGAGUAUCAAAUUGCUACAAAGAGUUGGCCGAACAGGUCGAAAACGUGAUGGUCGGGUGCAUGUUCUCAUGUCGGAAAACCGUGAGGAUGCCAAUUGGGACAGCGCUCAACAAACGCAUCGCGAGAUCCAAGAAGAGAUUCUCCAUUCCCGUAAUCUUGAAUUAUUUGAGGAUGUCGAAUCAUUGUUACCUCGAGGCAAAUUUCCUCAAUGUGUUGAACAAGAAAUGCCUGUCGAUCCUUGGGAUCCGGCGGAUCAAAAGUCUAAACGUCCCCUCCCGUCGGCUUCGAACACUACCACAAGGUCGUUGGAAGACGACGGAGAAAAACCCGCCAAGAAGAAAAGAAGAGGUCAUGAAGUGCCUGAAGAAGCUUAUGAUGGGUUUAAGUCGGUCGCACAGCUUUUGAAAGAGAAUGGAGCGAAGAAACGAAAGGGGAAACCAUUUCAACGGGUUUUGUCAGAAAGUGAGGACGAGUCGGUUGAAGUGAACACUUCAAUGGUAUCUGCCAAAUCUGCGGGAGGAAAGAGGAAAUCAAAUAUCAAUGACAAAUCCACCAAGAAGAAGGAAGAUGAGGAAAGUGAUUCUGAAGAAGUCAAACUGGCUAAAAAGCGUCAAGCAAAACAAGCAGCAGAGGAAGAAAGGAAGAAUAAAGUGAUUGAAGCUUCCACCAAGGCCGCAUUGGAUUUCUUUGCUACUUUAGGUCCUGUCCGUCGUCAAAGUCGGACCCCAUCUCCCGUUUCACCUUCUUCGUCACAGUCCAUUGAAAUGGACGAUGUCUCACCUUCUACCAAAGACCAAGAUGUCGACUUACGAGACCAAGAUUCUUUGGUUCACGGAGGAUCGAGGUUGACCCCUCGGACAGCUGCAGCAGCUGGUUUCUCACAAUUAGACCCGGUUGAUCUUUCCUUUGACGAUCUGAAUUCUUCACCUCCCAAACUUGACAUCAACACCACCCCUUCAUUCAGUGAUAAAUCUGGGUUCACACCCGCUUCGAACUUGUUGCGUAAACCACCUUUAUCCCAUUCGACAUCAAGAGACGCUAUGCCUCCUCCGCCAAUCCCGAUAAAGUCUAGUCCUUUUCAAUUUUCUCCAGAAAUGAAGGGAAAGGGAAAAUUAAUGAAGAGGAAUUUACCUACAAGUUCGGAACUUCCUUCGCCUGAUGAUUCUCCCAUGGUGAUGAAAAGGAAAUACGAGAUUUCAUCUCCUUUACCACUUCCCAGUCCUGAACUUUCACCUGAUAUUCCAGUCAGGUCUCGUGGUGUAAGAACAAGUAGAGGUAUCUCUUCUGCCCGAUCACGAGGUCGUGGAAGAGGUCAACGAACCGCAGUUUCAGGAAGAGGAAGAGGAAGGGUAAGAAAUACAGAAGAAAGAAGAAGAAAAAGAAAAAGAAAAGAUAAAGUUCCACCUGAACAACUAGCUGAAUUUCUAGAUUUAGACGUAGGAGUAUCAGAUUCUUCUAAAGCUUCUUCAGAUGAACCUACAGAACCUAGUGAAGAUGAAUCCGAUCGUCUGUUCGCUGGAAAAGAUUUCCAACCUACUCAAGCACCAAAAGGGUAUAAUCAAACUGCUGUUUAUAUAGCCGGAUUAGGUACUCAAGCACCUGAACAUGGAUUGGAAUUCGUUAGGGAUGGUAGAACUGAAAGAAUCAAGUUUUUGGAAAAAGCUAGAAAACCAGUUUUGUUGAGUAGUGAUGAUGAGAGACAAAGUGAGAAUGAAUAUGUUUUAGGUAGUUUUGUGGUUGAUGAUGAAGAGAUUGAAUAUGACAGUGAGUUUUUUUUCUCUUCUUUUUCCCUUCUUUUUUUCUGGUGUUUUCCCUUCUUCUUUUUGGUGUUUUCUCUCUCUCUUUAUGGUUCCAAUCCCACUUUUAUCCCUCGAUCUCUAUCUACCUCGUUAUCUGAAUUUCAACAUCCGACAAAGUAA